AUGUCAAAGAGACCGGCAGACUUACCGCUCGAAGAAGGCCAACCGGUCGGGUCUCCGGCCUCCAAAAGAGCUCGCGUGGAAGACGAACUCCCCGAAGAUGAUCCCCGCAACGGAGCUGUGCCUGCGGAACGCGCCAGCGGCCAGGACCUCGAACAACAUGAUCGCAAUGGAAAGAAUGUGCUAGCUGCGGCAGACAAGGAAGGAGAGGCAUUGAAUGAAGUUGCGCGGGAUGACGAGGACGAAUCGGAUAUCGACGAGGAUGCGCCGGCCAUCGCGGCUCCGAAACGGCAGUUCGAACCUAUGGAGGGAUACAGUGACCUUUACCUUGAUACGGUCAACCGCGGGAUUCUUGACUUCGAUUUCGAGAAGCUGUGCUCCGUUAGUCUGUCGAAUAUCAAUGUUUACGCUUGUUUGGUUUGCGGGAAGUACUAUACGGGUAGAGGGCCAAAGUCGCAUGCCUAUUUCCAUGCUCUUGAGGUCGCGCAUCACGUUUUUAUCAACAUGGGAACGAAAAAGGUGUAUGUGUUACCAGAAGGAUAUGAGGUCAAGAAUCGAAGUUUGGAUGAUAUUAAGUACGUCGUGGAUCCGCACUUUGCGAAGGAGGAUGUCUCGAAGUUGGACAAGGAGGUUCGGGAUGCUUUUGAUCUAGCUGGAAACCGCUAUAGACCGGGUUUUGUCGGCAUGAACAACAUCAAAGCGAACGAUUAUCUGAACGUGGUAGUUCAGCUCCUGGCGCAUGUCCAUCCCAUUCGUAAUUUCUUUCUCCUACACGAGUUUCCUACGCCAGGCACACCACAACUGGCACUUCGAUUCAGUACUCUCGUCCGAAAACUUUGGAACCCUAGAGCAUUCCGAUCACACGUAUCGCCACACGAACUGCUCCAGGAGAUUGCAUUACGGUCAUCUAAGCGCUUCACGCUUACCCAGCAAUCCGAUCCAGUUGACUUCUUGUCCUGGUUCUUGAACAAUUUGCAUCUUUCCCUGGGAGGUUCGAAAAAGCCUUCGUCGACACCAACAAGCGUGGUUCAAGCGGCGUUUCAAGGUCAUCUUAAAAUCGAGAGCCAGGCCAUCACGGCACAUUCGGAUACCCAGAAUGCCCGUCUAGUGUUCACCGAGUCUGGCACUAUCAACAGUCAAACCACGCCUUUCCUCAUCCUCACACUUGAUCUCCCACCAACGCCCCUCUUCCAGUCCUCCAACCGGGAAUCGAUCAUUCCUCAAGUUCCUUUGACCAACCUACUGAACAAAUACAACGGUAUCACCGCAUCCGAGAAACUCGCACACCGUGUCCGGCACCGCCUGCUACACCCUCUCCCACCUUAUCUCCUCUUUCAUGUCAAGCGCUUCAGCAAGAACCGCUUCGUCUCAGAACGGAACCCCACCAUCGUCACCUUCCCCUCAACCCGCUCCCUCGACAUGUCUCCCUACGUAGAGCCAAACCCCGCCAUCUGGCCUCCGGGAGAACCCAUCCUUUACGACCUCGUGGCAAACGUCAUUCUCGACCCCACCGUCACCGCCCCCGGUGCUAGAGAAGAAGCAGCUGAAAAGGGCGUCAACGCUGCCUCUGGCGUCUCCUCGACCGGUGCCGGCGCCGGUACUGAGAGGGUCAAUUGGCUUGUGCAGCUGCAUGAUAAAGCGAUGGAGACGGAGAAUAAGCGACAAGCGAGCGAGCGUGGUGGUGAAGCGAGGGGACCGGAAUGGUUGGAGGUUCAAGAUCUGGUUGUUAAGAAGGCGGAGAGCGAGACGCUUUUCACAAAGGAAGGGUAUUUGAUGGUUUGGGAGCGGAGGAAGGUUCCUGGGAUGGGGAAUAAGAAGGGAAAGAAGGCGGCUAGGUAG